AUCGAAAUUCGACUGACUAUCUAUUCAACUGAAGUAGCUAAGUAAUGAAGUGAGUAGCCUUGAUUGAAUAUGACAGUUGGUGUUGGCUGUAAAGUCUUGGUGCGGCUUAGAGGUGGGCCUCAAACCAAAAAGAGGCUUUAAUGGCUGUGCACCGAAGGCAGGUGGGGCUGUCCAAAUAGACAAGUCGACUUGCCGCCUCAGAGAAUGUUAUAAGAUCGCCUAUUCCAAGUUUAUUUGUUUUAAUGCUUCCUCGACAUCUUUGUUGUAGUCAUCUGUUUGCAUUUUCGUGACAUCACUUGCCAAAAGCACCUUCGAGUUCGGUACCUUCGCUUUGCCCGUAAUUACGGAGUAACAACGCACCGAUUUCAUGAUGGAAGAGCGGCCGCCAGACGUCUCGCGCCCCACGGGGCUGGGCCGCACACACAAACUCCAUCGCCGCCAUAAUUUCGAUUCUGUCGAAGGGUGGGUUCUGGGUCCCUUGGAACACACCAAAAACACGACCCGAGAGGCUGCGUUGUGUGCGGCUUGGUGCAAUACAGCUGCGCCAAGUCCUGUAAGUUGCUGUUUGUCCAGAUGCUUGUUGCGGGCGCCCUUCAGCAGUGAGGUGCUCACGCCCGCUUGUGGGGGCCACGACGGGGAAUUUUGGGUGCCGAGUCCGAGGCCUCGCCUGCAAGUCCUUUUGAGUGCUUAUGAAAUGGGGCCAAAAGACUGCUUCCCCUGGACGUGUAGGUACUCCGUACUGCGUUGGCUUUCGCGGUCCGCUGCAGAACAAAGGUCCCUGCAGCAAGAACGAACGAAAGGCCUGGCGGCAGCCUUGGCCUCGCAUCUUUGCAAUCCGAACAAUCCGAGUCAGCAAGCCGACAUCUUGGCCGCCGCGAUACGGAUACGGAUACCAGCUCGCGAUGGUGCCUUCAUCCCUCGGUCCUCAGCCAUCCUCCUCUCCACGGCAGGCAUCUGGACGCCCGCUUUACGCCCGAGAUGCUGUGCGGGAUUGUGGGAGGCUUGUUGUUUGUACGGUUUGCUGAGUGACCGACACAGGCAGCCCAAUCAAUUCCCGUGGUAAUACCCUUUUUCCAGCUGGCACCCAACCUUGUGCAACAAUCCUUCUGUGCACCACAAGGUUAGCCGCCUGAUCGUGCUGCCUUGCGUGACACAGCAAACGGUCUCGAAAUGAAGCCAGAUAGGCCAAGAGGCGGACCUGCUAACCGACUGACCGAUACUCAUGCGGAAUCCCCGGCUGGCUGAAGGGCGCCACUUGAAGUCCGGACCCGAGUCCCAAGCGGCCUGGGCCAGGGUU